AUGAGCUUUUUCUCUAAUCAACGGAUGAGUGAAUUGGCCAGCCGAAUAGGAACAGGUGUCCUCAGAGAGAUCGUUGAGGACCUGGAAACCCUCCUUGUGUCCCGAGUAUGUUCGCAAAGCGACUCUUCGUCGUCUACGAUCGAGUUCCAGCCACCUCUAGCCAGUGUGGACGUGACAUCAAGCGAAGCCGAGGCUUAUAUUCAUGCCUACUUUGAGCAGAUCCAUCCUAUUUACCCCUUUCUCGACAUAGAAGAGUUCACCUCACAUACUACUAACUGCCAACGUCCUGGGACAUCGAAAUGCAGCAAAGCAUGUUCCGCAAUAUAUCACGCUGUCCUAGCUUUGGGCAGCCAGUAUAACCAAGGCGGCAGCUUCAUGCCAGGUUCGGGAAAGGCGUGGUGUAUUUUUCAAUUAUGCCUUGGUACUAUUCCAGACAUCUUGGUUCCUCCAUACUCGUUGACGAAGCUUCAAGCUCUGACAGCCAUGUCCAUCUUUGCAAUGAAUUCCUGCUGUCUUCAGCUAGACCAGGCGUUGGUAUACGAAGCAGCUAGAAUGGCGCAAAGUCUACGGUAUCACAAAUCUUCGAAAGCUCAACCAGCCCACUUGAGAGUGUUCUGGACCAUAUACCACUUGGAAAAGAUUGCCUCCUUCUCUGAUAACAAUAGCUCAGUGUUCGCUGACGAGGAUAUCGGAUGUGACAUCCCUUCCGUCCAAGGUUCCAUGUUCGGUGACUACAACUGGCUCCUGUCUGCCGUUCAUCUGAGUAGACUUACAUCAAUCGUAUACACCACUCUGUUUUCGACAAGGUCGUCUUUGAAGCCCGCAGAGGAUUGCUUAUGCUCUAUCAAACACGUACGACGUGGGUUAGAAGAAUGGCGCUUAUCGGUACCUGGGGCAUUUCGGCCGAAGGAGCCAAUUCGACUAAGUGAAAUUAGAAGUCCGAGUACGAAGAUGGUUGCUAUACAGACGCAUUACUUGUACUACAACCUCGUUUUUGCUGUCGAACGCCUAUGCCUUCACGUCGACCCCGACGAAAAGCUGGAUCGCGAGGAUAGCAAGUGGGAAUUGAUGAACGCAGCGCGCACUGUUAUUGAGCUUGUUUCGUUCAUCGAAAUCGAGCCUCAUAUGCCUGUCUUCGUUGCUGGUAUCAUACCAUUAUCGGCAGUCUUCGUUCUUUUUGAUUUUGUGAUUCACAAUCCCACUCAUAGAGAGACGGAAAGUAAUAUUGCCUUCCUUGAUCAGGCUGCGGCAUACUUCAGUCAACUUGACUACGCCUCUAAAGGUGCACUCCCGGGAAGAAUCAUCUCGAGCUUUGCAGGCAUUGCGCGACAAUAUAUUCUCAAGGUACGGGAAAGAGUACCCACGCCUUCCAUAUCGAAGCCGGAGAUGCAGCAAGGGAUCCAACCAAUAUGGGAUUACGGGCCAGAUAUUGAUUUCAAAGAUAUAGAUCUUUCUUCGAUAAUCUCACAGCCAAACUCCGGGCAAAUUCCUUUCACAAGCUUUGACACGCCAUCGCCGUUUAGGCCCGACAUGCUCUAUUAUCCCCCAUCCCAGGAUAUCCAAGUCCCGAACAACCAGACAGAGGAUCUUCGAUCCAUUUUCGGCCUUGUCUUUCCCGAUUGGGCAGGGGAUGUAUAA